AUGUCUCUAGAAGUCAUUUACGUGACCCGACAUGGGUUCCGUUCCCCAUGGGCUGUCGACCCGUCCACUGGGAAUUACACGGCUUCGGUCCGUUCUCCUACGGGUUUACCAACGGACCCGGCUCUUGCAUCCCAUGGCAUUGAGCAGGCAAAUGAGCUAGCAGAACACCUACUAGGACUUGACCCGCCGAUAGAGCAGGUUUAUUCUAGUCCCUAUUAUCGAUGCAUGCAGACAAUUCAGCCCUUUAUACGCAAACUUAGACAUCAACAGGCCCAAUUGUCUGGGGGUGUCUCAGGAGACCCACACUCCGAGAUUCGUGUAGAUCUCGGCCUUAGUGAAUGGUAUGGCUUAGCACACUUCGAGCAUCCCUCGUCUGCACCCCUGAAUAAGUUGCAGAGCCUCUUUCCCGAGCUCGAUGCGAGCUACGCAUCCAGUCCGCCGCCUUCGCGCUAUGGGGAGACUCUACCACAGCUGCAUGAUCGGGUUGCACAGGCAAUCGACUUUAUUAUUAGACGUAGCGACCAGGAGGGUCACAAAGUCGUGCUAGUGUGCACUCAUGCAGCUGUAGUUAUCGCGCUAGGGCGAGUUCUUACUGGGCAGACCGAGAAAGACUUCGGGGCAUUUACUUGCGGAUUAAGCAAAUACAGGCGGCAGCGGAGUAGCGCCGCCAACCAAACAUCUACAAAGUCUGAAUAUAAAGCAGAAACUGACGCUAUAAUUCCGGCGGCGCAGGUCGACGGAGAGGUCGGAGUACCAAGAUCUCAAACCCACUCUAAAACCGAUCCUGCAAGUAAUGUCGAUCUCCAGCCACAUAACUCAAAGUCGCCUGAUCCAGGCUCGCAAGGGAGAGUUAGCUCCGGACUUUACGGAAGCUGGACUUGCGAAUUGGACUCUGAAUGUAGCUUUCUUCGAGGCGGCGAGGAAAGAGGAUGGAAAUUUUCCGGUGACGAAUCAUUCAUCGAGAUAGAUGGCAAUAGCGUUUGGCCAUCGACGGCGGCCUCCAACUUUGACACAGCCAUCGAAGAGGGUAGAACAACAAGUAGUAGCUGUCAUAUUAAUCCGGUAGUCGAUCGGUCUAAGCUAUGA